AUGACUCUACGAAUGCUCCCGUCUACCAUGUCUUCGCAAAUGUUUCCGCGACUCCUUUCGUUCUCGCCCGCCGCUGGUCAAUGGUCUCGGUCCCUGCAAAGCUCCUCCGUUCUAAACCAAACCCUCUUCAGACCCGUUGGGUUGUCGUUGACCAUUCCGGGUCUGCUUUCUGAUAUUUGGGAUUCUGUUCUGCGUGCUGUACCGAAGAAAAAGGUCUCCCACAUGAAGAGACGCCAUCGCCAAAUGGCUGGCAAGGCUCUAAAGGAUGUGAAGAAUCUCAAUACGUGCUCGGGUUGUGGACAGGUGAAACGCGCACAUAUUUUGUGCCCACAUUGUGUAGCGGAUAUCAAGAAGCAGUGGGGUAAGACCCAAACGGCAUGA